AUGUCCGCCCAGGGAGCUGGGGGGUUCGCCCCGGCGCCCCUUCGCCUUUGGUCCAACAAUGUCAGGGGCCUAAAUACGCCGGAACGGAGGUCACAUCUGCUGAGAGCCCUGUGGGCGGCUCGGGCAUCGGUCGCAUUUCUCCAGGAGACCCAUUUUCAGGGGAAAGAGGCUCCGGCCCUCCGGGAUCGGAGGUUCCCCACGGGGUUCUUCGCCAACCACAGAGACGCCAAGAAAGCAGGAGUGGCUAUCCUCUUCGCCAGCACCGUGCGCUUCAACUGCCUGGUGGAACUGGCCGACCCGAACUGA